AUGUUGGACUCUCCACUGGACUCUGAUUCAAACCUCGACAAUUCCGAUAACACAUUGUCAUGGUCAGAUUCAGGGCAUGAUUCAGAUGAUGACGCCCCACAGCCUGUGGCACCACCAAGCACCAAUUCGUCUACAAAGCACCUUCAAGCGUACAUCAAGCAACUUCAGCUUGAGAAAGGAAAGUUGGAAGAGCAUAACACAGCGCUGAAUGCAACCAAUGCGUCCAUCAUAAUGUCUGAGACCAUCAUCGACAAACUAAUCUUGGGUUUGGCCAAGAAGUAUGCAUUGACGAUGGAGAUGUUCCUGCCUGACAAGGUCAUUUUUCAGACAGACUGCCCUGAUCCUCUGGUUGAUAUAACAAGUCCGCAACAUUAUGCAAAGAAAUUGACAGAGAAGGCUGCCCUUGUCACUGAGCUCUAUGCCUCAAUCGAUCAAGAGUUGCAUCCUCAAAUGCGAACAAAUUCAUUCUUUAACUUGUUUGCAACAGGCAUGCAACAGGCACGAUCAUCAUUCUUCAAUGGUCUAUGUACUGUUUCAGGUAGCAUCUUCAACAUGUCGCCUGAGUACUUUGUUGCCAGAUAUGACCGUGCUUCCAUCCAGCAAAUUACAGAUAUGAUUGGAUGGGAGGCGGGGAAGGGGAAAACCUUCGAUGUUUUCAAAGCACCGGUACUGUACCCUGAUAACAUUGUUAACGAGAAAAAGAUUUUCAGAAACUGGUUGAUAAUUACAAAGGACAAUUACUCAUAUCUUUCUUUGAAAGGCUAUCAAGGUUUCAGUGUGCGGCAAGAUGUCAUUUAA